ACUGGAUUCAACAAGAUACAACCCUAUCUUUUAUCACUCGUUUUCUAAAAUGAUGUAACAUUUUGUUAAUUGUUGAUAUAAAAUGAUAAAGUAUACAACAAUAAACUUAAAAAUGAUCUACUAUUACGUAUUUUAUUGAACUUCCCUAUUUAAAUUUCGUUGUAAUAUUUCUUUAGCACUACUUUGCACAUUUUGGCGCGAAAACAAUGUUUGUGGUCAUGUGGUGCGACGUAGUUUUGGUCAAAUUAUAAAGAACAUUUUCUAUCCAAUAUUUAUUUAUUUCUGUAUUAUAUUCGAUUUAAUUAUAUUGCGUUACGUGUGCUGUAAUAAUCGUUUAUUUCCAUUAUGGUAUCAUUUAUCGUAAUAAUUUGGUUACCAAUGUUUUCUUGAACUUUCUAUCAGAGAUUGGAAAUUGCGUCAUUCGAUAUGAAUGUACCGGGAAAAAUUAAGAAAUUAGAUGAGGUUGUAGUGAACAGAAUCGCAGCAGGCGAGGUAAUUCAAAGACCAGCGAAUGCUUUAAAAGAAUUAAUCGAGAACAGUCUUGACGCCAAAGCGACCAACAUUCAAAUCAUCGUCAAAGAAGGCGGUUUAAAAUUAUUACAGAUACAAGACAAUGGUACUGGGAUUAGAAAGGAUGACAUGGAAAUUGUUUGUGAACGAUUCACAACAAGUAAGUUACAAACAUUUGAGGACCUUCAAUCAAUAUCAACUUUUGGGUUUCGUGGUGAAGCUUUGGCUAGUAUUAGUCAUAUUGCACUCUUGACAAUCACAACAAAAACAGCUGAUGAGAAGUGUGCAUAUAAGGCAACAUAUAUUGAUAGCAAACUAAAAGCUCCACCAAAACCAUGUGCUGGAAACCAAGGUACUACCAUAAUGAUUGAAAAUUUAUUUUACAAUGUUGCAACACGAAGGAAAGCUCUGUCAAGCAUACCCGAGGAGUUCAACAAAAUUACAGAUGUAGUCACAAAAUAUGCAGUUCAUAAUCCUGCUGCAGGAUUUGUGCUGAAAAAACACGGUGAAAUAACACCUCAGGUUCGUACACAACAUAACUCCACGAAGAUGAACAAUAUAAGAGUGCUUUAUGGCAAUCCAGUCUUCAGGGAAUUAUUAGAAGUUGAAUAUACAGAUGAAGCUUAUAAAUUCAAAAUGCAUGCUCUAAUAACAAAUCCAAAUUAUACAAAUAAGAAGAUGGUGUUUCUGUUAUUCAUUAAUAACAGAUUGGUUGAAUCCUCUCUGAUUCGUAAAAUGUUAGAAGAGCUUUACUCUUUUUAUCUUCCAAAGAAAACCCAUCCAUUUUGUUAUAUAUCUUUAGAAAUCGAUCCACAAAACGUUGAUGUGAACGUGCAUCCAACAAAACACGAAGUUAGGUUUCUUCACGAAAGUUGUAUCAUUGAAAGAAUAAAAUUCGCGUUAGAUGAAAAAUUAUCAGGAAACAGUGCUUCCAGAACAUUUUACGUGCAGGCGCGAUUACCGAAGGCUGAUAUUACCAAAGAAGUAUUGAAAGAAGUCUUACCGGAAUAUGAGAAAGACAGCACCGAUAACGGAAAGAAAAUUCAUCCUAAAGAAAUGAUACGAACCGACUCGUCUGAUCAGAAGUUGGAUAAAUUUAAUUUUACCAUUCACACAGCAAUGAAACAUGCCAGAAACGAUGACAGUUUACAAAUUGAUAAAUCUGAAAAUGAUUCUCCACCUAAUAAAAUAAAUUUAGACCAAGAUGUAUCACAUGAAAUAGAAAUGAGUGAAGUGAUAGACGAAAAGGAAGAUGCUAGUAAUCAUGGAAGAGCAGAUGAACAGAAUUUACAACCAGAUGUAAACACAGAUGACAAAUUGGAAAACAUCCAAGUAUUAGAAACAAAAACAUGUGAUACACCCUGGAGUAAAAUAAUAGAUGAAUCCAGUCCAUCUACAUCGUCGCAAUUAGUAGGUGAUACUUGUAAUAUAGUUUCAUCUUCAUUUAAUGAAACUGAAAAUAAUAUGGAUGCUGUGGAAGAUAUCUUUGACAAUAUAAAUGAGAGUGUAGCAGAUGAAUCCACAGAAGAACGGUGUAUCGAUGUGAUUGCGGAUAAAGCACGUAAACAAGUAUAUAAAUACUUUGGAAAUAAAAUUGUCACGAUCGAAGGGAAAAAUGCUGCAGAAAAAUCUAGUCCUUCCAAGGAAGAAACAAAAAAAGAUGAGACUGAUAAUAAAUCUAAUGCAGAUGCAACACAUUCGGAGGAACAAAUGGAAACUGAUAGCAACAAGAAUGACGACGUUAAAAGUUCUCACGAGUUUAAAUCAUAUUCAGUAAACAAUUUUCGAAGAGAAGUAAAAUUAACGAGCGUGUUAAAACUACGGAAAGAGAUAGAAGAUGAAUCACACGAAGGGUUGAGACAGAUUUUAUCAGAACUAACUUUCGUUGGUUGUAUAGACGAAUGCUCUGCACUAAUUCAGAGUGGAGUGAAUUUAUAUCUUUGCAAUACAAAGAAAUUGGCAGAGGAGCUGUUCUACGAAAUUAUGCUUUACGACUUCGCGAAUUAUGGAGUCAUUAGAUUCUCUGACGCAAUUCCUGUGUACGAUUUAGCUCUGUUGGGAUUAGACACAGAGGAGGCUGGUUGGACAGAAGAAGAUGGAACGAAGGAAGAACUAGCAACAAGUGUUAAGGAACUCUUAUUGGAAAAGGCAGAUAUGUUAAAGGAAUAUUUUUCCAUUGUUAUAGACAAGAAGGGGAACUUAAAAUCAUUACCGGUACUACUAGAAAAAUAUUUUCCAUACGAAGCUGGUCUUCCUUUGUACAUAUUACGGUUAGCUACCGAGGUUGAGUGGUCAGCAGAACAAUCUUGUUUCAAAAGUUUUUGCAGAGAAACUGCGAGAUACUACAGUCAAAUGAAUCCUGUACACAAUAAUCACGACUGGAAAUAUGUUACAGAACAUGUUUUAUAUUCUGCAAUUAAAGAAAGCUUGCUUCCCCCUAAACAUUUUGCACAUGACUCAACGAUAUUACGGAUAGCCAACUUGCCUGAUCUAUACAAAGUAUUUGAAAGAUGUUAGAAGACGUGUAUUUGGUAAUUAAAUCUUUUUAUAAACAUUGUACAGUCAACUUGUUAAACUAUAGAUAGCUAUUCCUUUUCUCUUUGAAUACAACGAACAUAUAACUAGAACUAAAAUUUGGAUGAAAAUACUUUUAUCCCUGAUAACUGUUGGGAACAAUCCUAUAAGAUGAUGAUUUCAAAUAUAUAUUGUAAUUUAUGAUGCAGUAUUUAUUUAACGAGUUAAACAUAAACUUUCCAAGUGAGCUUGUAAUGUGAUGUAAUACAUAAAAAAGAUAGUAGAA